AUGGAACAGCUCACCGAGCUCCAAGCGCACCUACACCGCCUACCCGUCCAGCUCGCCAGCUCUGCCCGCCUCGACGAUGCGCUGCAGCACCGCCUCCACGCCGUCUCGCUCGCGCUGCGCGCCCUCUCGGACCUCGAAUCCGAUCGCCUCGGCCUGGAACGUGCUCACCAGAGGAUCGCCACGCUCAGCCAGGCCGUCACGGGCGAAUGGGCCAGCGAGAUAGCCCGGCAGACUGCUCCGCCUGCCUCUGCAGCGCCAAAGAGCAGCGGCGAUGGCAGCGGCAGCGGCGGCGGCGGAUCAUCAUCGCUCACGCGGUCUUUCAGCUCUUCCGCAGCGCUUGCUGGCUCGAACAGCCCCUCGUAUCCGCUAGCGACCCCCAGCAAACUCUUGGCAUCGCCGUCCUCGUUGCUAUCGGGAUCGCCGACGGGCCAGCGCGACGCCGCUCUGCGCCAGGCUCUCGGGAAGGAGGCUGCCGGGUUCGCCGAAGCCUACGGCCGUGCUCUCGGCCGCUUUGACGCCAACUGGUCCAGCGCUUCCCGCCACGCCCUCAAAGGCCACCAGGCGGACGAGGGUUGGCUCGGGACGGCUCCGAGACCGCGACAUCGCCAAGGGAAAGGGGCCAACGCUGCGGCCAUCGGAGACGGACCGACCCCACUCUCCGGCUGGAUCGGCCCAAACACGCCAUUGGGCGACUCGGACGGUGCUGGCGCUACGGCUCUGCCAACCAAGGACGCCAGUCUGUUGCUCAAGGUGCUCCGAUUCGGCAUCGGCAAUCUCCGGGCGCUAGCCUCGUCCAUCAUACGGGCAUCGGUCAGCGACAGGUCAGGCGGAGAGGCGUCGCACUCGCAGAGGCUCUCGCCAGAGGAUGUCGCGGCCGCCUUUGGCGUCGUCAUCGCGGCAAGGGGAACCUCGGCCGCGCUCGAGCUCGCCGAGCACAUCUUUGUGCGGGGCAUCAAGCAGAGCGAUCAGCUCGAUGGCAGGGAAGCCGACCUCCUCUUCAUGACCGUGCUCGACAUCCUGCACGCGGCCGAUCUGCGGGAGCAGGGCGAUGAUGUAGCCGCCUGUGAGCGGGACCUGCAACGGGACCCGCUUGCGCCUUCGCCUGCCCUCGAGAUUGAACUUCUCGCCUUCCUCGAAGAGUGUCGCCGAAGGGAGACGACCGCCUCGCCGAGGCAGCUCGAAGGUUUUGGCAGAAGACCAUCGCACCCGCUCUCUGCAGAGCUAUCGGCCAGCAUAUGGCCGCGCUCCGCGACAGCGCCGCUGUCUGCGCUCGGCAGCAGCGCGGCUGAUGCGUGGAACGCGAGCCUUCACUCGGGCAUGACAACGAUCAGCGGCCUACUGACGGCCGGGGGCAACAUUGGCAGCAAGCUCAUCGGCCGUGCAGGCACAGACGCCAGCCAUGCCGUGGUUGCCGGGUCAGAAAAGCAGAGCGAAGCAACACAGCGCGGAAAUGAGCAAGAUCCUGCGGCCACACCUCAGGAGCGCCUUAGCGAAGAUCGCAAGGACGAUGGCAUCAAGGUGCCCCCCACCCUGUCUGUGUCGCGCUUCGUCAAGCCGACCACGGGUGCUGCUGCGACGACUGCAGGAGUGCAUGCCGAGCGACCGGAGCUUUCAGCGCCUGGUGGGCCGUCCGGCGACUCAGACGCCAAGCACAUCGCGCUCGGGAGCAGCUCUGCCUUCAAGCUGCUCGGUGCGUCCGCCAUGGGUGGUCCCGCAGCACAGGUAUCUUCGGCUUCGAUGGCAGCAGUCGGUACGGCAAAAAGCCCAGCCAAAGACGCCCAUUCGGCGCUUGAAGCGAUAGCCGCCGCGAGCGGCUCACCAUCGCCGGAGGCUUCACCCUUCAGGCCGAGGCCGAGGCGGAUCGCGAGUAGCGGCCAAACGGUCAAUCUCGCCGCCAAAGAGGCUGAGCCCGCCGAUCCCGUCACGGCUUUCGCGCCGCGGGUGCUGCAAAUCCUCAUCGGCGGCUCAGCGUCUGGAGAUGAAAAGACGGCCGGCGUUGGUGCGAGGUCCUCGCUGCCUCUAGCCUGCCGACUGUCGAACCGCCUGUUGCGCAAGCAUUUCCCAGCCUCGGAAUUCCCCGAGGAGAGCCGUAAGAUCCGUCUCGUCAUCGUCGUGAGAUGGUUCGCCUUCACGGUCCUACGCGACCUCAUCACGCACCCCGAGAACCUGGGCAGGUCACUGCGCGGUGGCAAGCUCCUUUGGGCCGCCCACAGCACACGGCUGCCGGUCGACGAUGCGCUUUCAUAUGAAGACCUGCGUGACGCGACCGCGGACAAGGGCAUCCGAGGAUUCGAGGAUGUGUGGACGUCUGACGAAGUCUCGUGCCGAGCGCUCAACGGGCUGCAUCGCGCCCUGUAUAGCGGGAUCGUCAAGUGCGCCCGCGUGUCCUCGGUGUCGCCGGUCCAGUUCGAGCAGCCCGAGCAGCCCGAAGGCCUCGCCGCUGGGUGUCGACGCUUGCUUGAUCUUUUUGGCGCCGAUUACGAGGUGCACAAUAGAUCAAGCGACGCAGGUUUUGACGCUGCGCAGCCGGCUCCUGCCACCGAGGCCAAGGCCUUCUCGCUGUCCCGCAACGAAGCUCUGGCCUUCACCCAGGCUUCGGUCCUUGGUUUUCUCGAUGCCGCCUGCUGCAACACUAGAGUCGCGCCCGCAACGGGCGAAUCAGGCGCGCCGCAUCCGAGCCGUCGUCAUGUUGAGAGGAAGGACGUCGAAUCGCUGCUGGAAGCGAUCAGGGAAUCUACGCGGCCAGGCAAGUCGGCCGACUCGACGGAUGCCUACGAUUUGCCUCUCCUCUAUGCCGCUUUCGACUCGCGGCGGAUGAAGGCAUGCGUCUCGACGUCCCUUUCCGAGGUCGAUUGCUUCGUCGAGGAGGCACAGCAGGCUCUUGCACAGCGUCCACGGGGCGACUUCAGCCUCAGCUUAGACCGCACCACCUUCCGUCGGCCUACGCAAGCCAGUACGGAUCCGGAUCCCGACGCUACCACGAAGGCACAAUCAAGCUUCCUCGCCGCCGACAUUGCUGGUCCGAGCUCGGGUUUCUCCGUUGCCUCGUCAUCAGCCCAGUCCGAGGAGCAGGCAGACGCCUGCUGCGACUGGGAGAGCCCGCCGUGCUCGCCAUUCGCCGAGAAAACGCUCGAUUCUCUCUUCCAACUCGACGCAAACGUGGUCGAUAACACUCGUCGGGAUGGCGCGGCGACGCCGAAGCCGCGGUGUGCUGAUCCAGCGGUAGGGUCGAUUGCGCAGACCUUCGCUAGCGUUGCCUCCACCUCACGGGCCUCGCCCGUCACGAAUGCGCCGACUCAUGUCCUGCUGCAGCAGGGGCACGAUGCCGGUUCAAGCACUGGUCCCUCGGGUUUGAGCCAUCUGCCGGUUGAAGAAGUCCGCCGCGGCAUGCUGGCUCUCAUUCGGAGAGGGUACAGCACGCGCAGCGCCCCUUCGCUGCCGGAGACCUUCGAGGUGGCGACACGACGAGCCGAGGAGCACGAGAACUUUGUCGAUGCGGUGCUCUUCCGGCAGACGGCCGCGGUACUGCGGUACUGCUCCAGGGCCGCUCCGUCCUUGAUCAGCGCGCCUGGGCGCUCGAGUGGCACCGACUUCGCCCCGCUCGCCGAGCGGAUCCUUCUACCGUUCCGGGACGAGGUCAGGAAGUGCGAGUCUCAUCAAGUCAAGACGCAGGCGCGCCUAUCGCGGCUCGAAGGCGAAUGGACCGAGUUGAGCACCAAGGCUCGCAUCCUGCUCAGCAGCCUCCAGGAGCUCCGGACCCGCUGCUGGUACGCGUGCGAAAUCCGCACCAGUCCCGAGGUGGCCAGCAGCAUCAUGGCCGCCACACUCGGUCUUCAUGGACACCACGACCACGGCAGUGACGAGCGCGCGAGUGGAGAACCGAAUUGGUUUGAGAGCCUGGGCAUCCACGACCUUUCCCUGCCAGCGGACAAGGCGAGCUUCGUCCAGGGGCUCGAUCCGGCAUUCCAGAAGAUCGUGCGCGACGCCGGCAGCUUCUUUUCGUCACCGCUCUGGAGCAGGGAGGCGCUGCUCGCCAAGCCGUUCCUCUCGUCGCGGAAGCGCAGGGGAAACGCGGCUGCCAGUGUCGAUGCAGAGGACCUGGCGAUCUUCACAUUUGGCGUCGCGACCAAGGCGCUUCUACAGGCUGGCGAGCUCCCAGCCGAGCCUGUGGUAGGCCUCGAGACGUUUCUGCAGCGGGUCCAGCUCGCCGCUACGGGACUGCUGCUCUCCGAGGCCAUGGCGAUGGCCACGCAGACCGAGGCUGUGAUGGCAACGACGAACGGAAGAGAUUCUUCUGCUGCCGCUGGGAGGAAUGACCCAGACAAGUGGGUCAGGGCAUUCCUGGGCCGGGUAGAAGGCUCGCUGCAACAUCGCGAUCCAGAGCUCGCGUCGAAGCUGUCAUCGAGCGGCGUCGAUCGUCUGCUGCAGCGCUUUGACCAUCAUCCCAGCCCGCACCACAAGAUGCGCGCCCUGUUCAACAUCACGAGGCUGGUCGUGACGCAGCUUAGCCUCGUCUCGGUCCCAGAGGCACCCGCGGCGGCUGCACAGUCCGCAGCAGCAGCGGGAGGACCAUCCACGGCUCCACUGCCGCCGCCGCUGCUGCGGGACGGACUCGGACACUUGCCACGGCGCUCGAACGCAUCGCACCAUCUGAGCGUCGUCGAGGGCGGAAAGCGGGCGUCCAUCUGGCACAGCAGAAGGUCGACGACCGCCUCAUCCGUACACGAUCCGGCCGGCGCCGCUGCGGUACAGCUCGGGAGUAGCCCAACGGCGGGGGGAACCUGCAGCCCGGCGCGCAUCUCGCUCGCCUCGCGGCCCUCGAGCAUCGGCGGGCUUUCAAACGGGCCCAGACGAGCGCGGCGGGCACUGUCGAUGUACGUCGACGACGACCUCGACGAGGAGGAUGCCGAGUCGCGCGGUGCUGGCACCGCCGACGACGACGACGACGAGACGGGGCCGAGGGGAGGGAUGCCUAACAUCCAUGACCUGCUUUCACUCAUGGACUUUGAUGGGACCCAACGAGAUGUCCCCUCGACGGGCACCGACCACUUUGCCGCCCCGCCUCUACCAACCCGUCCAGCCGCAGCGUUACCCCUCCAGCAACCAGAACCGCCCUCGACGGAUACGCUGCUCAACGUCCUCGAGAGCGUCCUGAUCCACACUCUUUCGUUGCCUGCGUCAGCGUCGGCGUCGGCGUCACAAGGCCGGCUGAAGAACGUCUACCUGCACCUCCAGCUCAUCUGCGCCUUUUCACCCACCGCCAUCCUCGACUGGAAGGAAGAGGGCAAGGCGCUGUGGGACGCCGUGCUCGCCGCCUCGAGCGUCCGGUCAGAGGUGGCGAGCAGAAACCUCGACCUGGUCCGGUCCGGCCGCAUCAAGGAUGAGAGGCAAAGGCAGGAAGUGGUCGAGAUCGCACGGGGCGAGGGCAUCGAUACACCCGAGGCACAGCUUCCUGACCCGGUCUCCGGUUCUGACAGCCCGCUGCCACGUGUUUAG